AUGUAUCGUAUUGGCUUGCUACAUGGUCAAACAGGAUCGCACAAACAACUAAACGCGGACGCACAGUGCACACGUUACGUGAGGAUGUCCAGGACUCGACCUUCCAGUCACAGACGUUUCAUAAUCAAUGCCUUGUCAGAGUAUCGGCGCGAUGUAGUGUGGACGCAACCGACUGUACCGCUCCCGGUGAACGUACGGGCCGCACUGCUUGUCCAUAACGGCAAAAGGUCGUUCGUUACCCACAUUCUCUUUCCGCGCAAGCCUUCUCAAGUUAGAAGGAGACGCAACAUUUACAGCUUCGUCAUACUAGCCGCUAGAGCGAGACGCAACACAGCCUCACAGGAAAACCCGAACUCGAGUCUUGAUAGUUCUAACUUAAGACCGUGCUUUGCCUUUGUGAAUUAUUUGAAAGUGGAAAAUCAUCAAAUAACUUCUCCCGCCCAGGGUAAGGCGAGAGAGAGUGUCAGACUCUUACUGACCGACAAGCCCCCGUUCCUUCUCCUGCUGUGGGCCGAGGCCGCGGUGACUCAUUGCGCUUACCCCGCAACCCCGGCUGAACAUCAGCCCUAUAGGGCCCCGUCUGUAAUGGUCUAUUGGCUCUUUGAGGCGCGCGCGAAACGCUACGCGCCGUACGCUCGGGUUUGGUUCUGGUCGCCGUCUGCAAACCUUCACUUACGGUGGCCGGAGAUCAUCUCUAUACCCCCAACGCCCGGAAUGUCGCCUAUUGCCGCGGCUGGGUACCCGGGCAAGACAUCAAGAUCAUAUAAAGUUGAGAAGAAUGAUGUAUUAGUACAGUCGCGCAUUUUACAGUACUUUGGACAUGUCUCUAGACGGGCUAGCGAUUCCAUAGAGCGCCUGGUCGUUCAGGGAAAGGUGGAAGGGACAAGACCACGCGGAAGAUCACCUAUGCGUUGGACCGACCAGCUUAAAUCAGCAGUAGGAACGCGUGUAUCUGACUGCACCAGACAAUCUGCCAACAGGGAGAGAUGGCGGGAGAUCGUGCGGAGAGCUGUGUCCGCCUCUACCACCGAUGUGGAUGCCUCUACGUGA